AAUGAAUGAAUUUCCCUUUAUUUUCUCCCCUGACACCGUAGCCUGCUUUUCUGCAUCUAGUCCAUGAUGGCAUCCCCAAGGCUGGAGACGUUCUGCUGCCCAAACAGAGACGCAUCGACUGAAUUUGUCAUUACUUUUCAGCCCCUCUUCUUUAGUGCCAUUUGCAUUGGUAGCGCAGGUUUAAGUUUGGUAUUUUCUAUAUUACAACUUUUGCCCAAACGUAGGGGUUACAGACGCCUUGGACAGUACCCUCUUCCCAAGCCAGCGUCUUCGUCGAGAAUAUUGUUUAUCAUCAGCAUAUGUGAUAUUCUGGGAUGUACAGGUAUCAUAGUGAGGUCAUCCAUCUGGCUGGGCCUGCCCAACCUUGUCAGCGGGAUCAAUGUGGCCAACAACAGCGACGUGUGGCCAGAGGUGUUCUGCGUCGGCAGUGCAAUGUGGAUCCAGCUGUUCUUCAGUGCAUCCUUCUGGUGGACCUUCUGUUACGCUGUGGAUGUCUUCCUUGUGGUCAAAAGAUCUGCAGGAAUCAGUACCAUCAUCCUGUAUCACAUGAUCACAUGGGGUCUGGCCGUGUUGCUGUGUGUGGAGGGUGUGGCCAUGCUCUACUACCCAUCCAUCUCCAGCUGUGAGAAUGGCCUGCAGCAUGCCAUUCCUCACUACAUCACUACCUACGCUCCUCUACUGCUGGUGCUUAUAGUCAACCCUACGCUGUUCGCCAGGACUGUGUCUGCAGUGACAUCAUUAUUGAAGGGACGACAAGGGAUCUACACAGAAAACGAGAGACGCCUGGGAACAGAGAUAAAAAUACGCUUCUUCAAAAUCAUGCUGGUCUUCUUUAUUUGCUGGCUUCCCAACAUCAUCAAUGAAAGCCUGCUGUUUUACCUGGAGAUGCAGACAGAUAUAAAAGCUGGUGACUUGAAGAAUAUACGAAACGCAGCCCUCAUCACAUGGUUUAUCAUGGGGAUCUUGAACCCCAUGUCAGGCUUCCUCAACACGUUGGCCUUCCAUGGCUGGACGGGCUUCAAAGUGGACUGCAGCCUGCAGAGGAGGAGGGAGCUGGCCUGGGACUCAGCCUCCACCUCGGCGGCUAACGUGGGGGGCUACAACCCCAUCGUGGGCUCCACCCUGCUCUACCAGAGCCAUGUCCAGGAGGCCAAGAACAUGACAGGCAAGAACAUGACAGGCAACGGGCAGCCGGCCUCCGACGCCAUCAGCGUCCUAUCAGAAGGUUCAGAGUCUAGUACAAUUGAAAUCCACAUUUCCACUGAGCACCGAGACUAUGAGGAGAUAGACGCAGAUGGAGAAUCGUUGGGGAGCUCUGCAAGGCACUAGCUGGAGCCACCUGCAAAACCUGCUGCCAGCCUUCACUCUCUGCACCCCCCCCCCCCAUGGUUU